AAAAUGUAAAAAUCAUUAUUACCUUCGAAGCAGUGGACCAAAACAAACCGACCGCAAAAAAAAGAAAAACACAGAAAUAUCAGUUUCGGAGAAGAAAUUUAAGAAACCAACUGAAUAUGGCGAGCGCUCUCUUGUCGACUUCUCUCUUUCUCCCUUUGCAAAACAGAGAAGUAGGUGGACUUGUAAGAAACUUCAGAAGCCCAUUCUAUGGCAAAGUGUUCUACAAUCAAAGCUAUGUGAGAAUGAAAACUAGAAGCACCCAUGGAGGCCCUGCCGUGAUCGCGUCAGUGCUUGGAAGGAGGGUCAAGAACAAAGAGACUGUGAUUCCCGACCCAGAUUAUCGCAUACCUGUUGUUUUACUUGCUCUAGCUGGCGGGCUUGCGUAUACAAAUAAUCUGUUGCCAGCUGCACCUAUUGGUCUCCUUGGGUCACUUCUAUUGUUCCAGACUACAAGAGUGAGAUUUGUCUUUGAUGAAGAGGCUCUGGAGGUAAAAGUUGGAGACCAGCUUCAGGAUUCAGGUGAAAAUGUCUUUGUGGGUGGGGAAAACCGUUGGAAGUAUUCGACAUUUGUGAAUUGGGAACUCUGGUGGCCAAAUUUCCCUAUUUUGGUGUACUUUAAAGAGACACAAACAAAACCUGAUGGACAAGUACACUUUUUUCCAGUGAUUUUUAAUGGGAAGCAACUUUAUGAUGUUAUGGUGGAGAGAGCUGGCCCUUCGAAAAAUAGUGGUCCUAAAUAAUCCUAAAGGCAUGAGCUUUCUGCUUCCAACCAUCCUGCUUUGCCAUCUCUAGCAAAUAUUUUAGUCCAGCGACUGAGAUUACUGUGACUAAUUAUUGGAGCUACAUGGAGUACAUAUUUUCACUCUUGGACUGUGUUUCAUCAGAUAUUUCAUUAUUGUAAUAACUCAUAUUUUGGGGCGGCUAUAGCCAGCUGAAACUUUUGAUUUUUGUAACGUAUACAGGGGGCAUUGUAUUUGUACCACUACAAUACGUAUAAUCACCCUAUAAAAAGGAAAAGACAACUUCGUUGUAGUUGCA